CCAGCCCCCAGUGCUCUCUCCGUCGCGAGAGGGGCCCUAGCGGGGUCUGCCUGCGCACUACACAGGUUUGGACCCACUGAGAGGCUCUAGCCCGGGAGGCCGGCCCAGCCGCUCUGCUAGCGUGAACUUGCUGGCUCCAAGGAGAGAAGUGAGUGGAGGAACGUGCAGGUGGGCCAGGCGGGGAUACCCAAAUCCUCUCUGGCGAGCAGCCCCCCAGCCGGGUCUAGGGCAUGCCCCAGUUCACUUUCGCCUGCUUCUGUGGCCUCCACGGCUUCUGCAAGAUGAAGAGGAAGAAGGAGGAUGUCCCCAGGGAGCGGGAAACUGCAGUGUGAGCAGCCAGGCCUGCCCAGGGGCCCGGCAGGCUCCGGGCCCAAGAGCGCCCACUGCUGGCUGGGGCCAGGAGCAGAGUCUCCGGUCAGCUCUGCUCAAAGGACCGCGCGGGCCUAGCUGGCAUCCGCUUACACCAGCCGUAAGCCGGUGGGCUUCUCAUCCAGACCUCCUCGGAGAGAGGCCCCCUGCCUCGCCGCGCAGGAGGACCCGGGACCUGCUGCUGGCCUUCCGGAGACAGAGAAGGCCCAGGAGCGAGGGGAGCCCUGGGGGACGUGGAGCCAGGGAGCAAAACAGGAAGUGGGGCUGGCCCCAGGGAGGCCGUGGAGGCUGGGGAUGACCUCUCUCAGGGACCCCCAGGCUGUGGGAAGUGGUGGGCCAGGCCUGUGUGUAGCGGGCAGUGUGUCUCCCUGUCCCUGCAGUGUGCCCGGCCCUGGACACCCUCACCCCGCCUCAUCCUGGGCAGCUGCCCUGACGCCUCAGGGACGACCAGAGGAUUCCUUUCCUAGCCAGGCUGUGCCCGCCCUUCACUCCUGCCUCUUCCUUCCUGUCUCAGAAGCCAUAACGGGAACUGCUUGCAUGCAGUGCCUUUAGGGGACCAGGUAGGGGGCGAUGGUCCCCCUAGGACCUUCCUGGACUUUUCCUUCCUUCCUCCCUUCCUCUGUCCCGCGUCCACCACGCCAGCAUAGCUCAGCCUUUGUCAUGGGGCCUGGGUCUCAGUACCCAGAAGUACAGAAGUCAGGCCAGCAGUGCCAUUGGCAGACACUCUCCAGAUGGGGACCAGCUGGAUGGAGCAAGGCUGUCCCUACUCCCUCUCCGGGGAUAAAGCCUGAUCCCCACCAGCAUCCCUGCUAGGUCCCCAGGGGACAGUGUCUUGGGGGGUCUUAGGGAAAGCUGGAGGCAGCCUCUGUGGGCAUGUCCCCCUGGCACCUUGACCUGGUCAUGGCAAGGAGAGACCCAAGCCGGUGCCGUGAGGGUCAUCUGAAGGUGUCUCUGCUCCCAUCCUCUCCCCUCCUUUGCCCCAGCCUUCCACAGUCUGUUAUUUCCUUUUCUAGCCAAAGAACCAGCAGCAGAAGCCCUCCGCUCCAGCAGACAGCAGUAAGGUCGGUGGGGUCACAGGGAGAGAGGAGCGCCCCGUUCUUCACCCUGACGACACCAGAGACAGGCUGAGAUGCUGUCAGGGUGCCCUGCCACAGGCCCGGGGCGUGUGUCCCUCCCUGGCACUCCCCAGCCAGGCUGCGGCCCAGAGAAGCCAGUCGUGUGCUGGAGGAUGAAAUUGUACCCCCAGACUCAGAGGUAUUGGGUGUUGUGUCCUGACCACACUGGCUCACCCCAAGGAAAGGUCAGGAGAGGACUCCUCGUCCCCCCCCAGCCUCAGACAGGGGUGUCACUGCAGAGUGGUGCCCACUCAGAACGGUGUCCACCAGGCGGAUUCCCUGGGCUCCCUCCUGCAGAGGGAGCCUGGCUAUUGUGAGCCCCUCCCCUGGAAACAUGGAGGAGGGCCAAGGUCUGGGUGGCCCAGCUGGAACCUGCAGGUAACUCCUUCAUUCAAGGUCAGGUGGGGCCCAGCCUGUAGCUGAAGGGCUGAGAGUCAAUCACCCACCUUCUACUUGGGGCUCAGGCAUCCUCAGCAUCUCAGCAGCAUCAGGAGGCCCCCUCUCCCCUCUAGUCUGGGAAAUGGGGUCUGCAGAAUGACAGUUUCAGCCUCCCCGGCCAGGCACCCCUAUGGCUGGCUUCCGGCCGAGGCUUCUCCUCCUGCAACUUUUGGGAAUGGGGUGUCUUCUAGCACCUUGCUUUCUGCCCUGGACUGAGUGUCCCUCCUUCCCCAAGCUCCUGGGGUGAGGGAGGGCCAUGCUUUUUCCUUGGUCUUGGGCCAAGUCCUCUUGAAACAGGGAGGCCCAACCGUCUGGGUCACAGGGCUCCUGGAGUCGCCUCUUGUCCUACGUCUGUGAGUCGGGAUGAAGAACAGGACGAUGCUGUGGUUCCCGUCAUAGGUCCCUGAGAUUUCUGGUGUCAGAUUGAAGCCCUUUCUCCUAGAAUAUCCCGUCCUUCUCAUUCCCGGGAAGGGCUUGUGGAAUGUAGCAGAUGGACUGUAGAAAUGCAUGGGGAGAUUUUAUUUUUGAAAUAAAAGCAAUAAUUGAACUAACUGGAUAUGCAUAUGGUAGACAGUAGGAGGAAAGGGUCCGAGCUAGGAACCCCUUCGCCUGCCUCACAACCCACUUGCACACAGACCACAACGUGACCUUAGGUUCCUCCUGGCCUAGUGCUGUGACUCAGUUUCCUCCACUACCACAAGAGCAAACAGAGGGGGCUGGAGAGAUGGUACAGAGGGAGGGCGUUUACCUUGCAUGUGGCCGACCCGGGUUCGAUCCCUGGCAUUCCAUGUGGUCCCUCGAGUACCACCAGGAGAGAUUCCCGAGUGCAGAGCCAGGAGCAAGCCCUGAGCACCAAUGGCUGUGACACCCCUUUCCCCCCCAAAAAAAAAUAGCAACAGGGCUGGAGUGGAAGGGUGAGCACCGUGGGGGCGCUGAGCCAGACAGAGGGCCUGCAAGUUGCCUGGGCUCAGCUCUGGGCUUUGUACGGUUGCGGCGGACAUGUGGGAAGGGUACAGGGGGUGAAAAGGAAAGCGAGGGCACCCUGAACUUCUCCUGCUAGAAUGCCACCCCCACCUGCCCCUGAGAUUCCACUCCCCUGUAGCCACGCCCCAAGGGGAUCAAGUCUCUUGGCCUGGACCCCCGUCUCCAGGCCCUGACCAGGCCGUAUCCAUCCCUUUGUGCAUUCUCUCUCUCUCUCUCUCUCUCUCUCUCUCUCUCUCUCUCUCUCUCUCACUCACACACACUCACAUCCUGCUCCUUGUGGAUGGCGUCUCUAAAGCUGCGCCCAGCACUUUACCCAGCUCAGGGUCUGCCCGGAUGCAGUCGCUGGGAGCCCCUCUCCAGGGCGGGGUGCCCCCCUCCUCACUACCUUGCCUUCUGCAACGGGAAGUACCACCUCUGGCUCCCAUGUCCCUGUUUGUAGACAUCUGGUCCCAUUGUCUGUGUCACCCGGGCAUUGGGCUCCUCACGGGCACAAGGGCUGCCACCCCCGGUGCCCCGUGCUGAGCACGGCACUCCCCGGCGCCUCUGGGAUGGGAGCCCUGUUCCCUUCUGCCACACCCGCAGACGCGUCAUGGCUGCUGUGGCAUAGCCGAUGUUCUGCAGACAGACAGACAUGAGGCUCAUGAUGGAGACCAGACUUCAUCCGAGAAGGCCACCCUGGGCGCUGUGUUCAGUGGCCCUGCCUGGCCGUUCCCAAGCCUGGCAGCGUUUCCUCUGAAGAUGGCUACUGGGCCAGCAGGCGAGGGGCAGACUCUGUCCAGGGAAUGUGUCACACCCCAUCCAUAGAACGAGGGGAGAGCACGGGGCAGCAGGCUCUCCCUGCCCUGCCCCCACACCCAUGGUACCCUCAGCCAUCACGACACUAGCUCUGAGCAGGUGACCUUGUCAGGGACUCAUCGUCUCCUGAGCCCCGUGUCCUACUGGCAGUUGGACCAGUUGGGCCUGGGAGGCCCUGUCAUUGCCCGAGGGUGCAGUGCCACAGGCUUGAAGCAGAAGCAGAGACCGCGGCUGUCCACUGGGAACAUCACUGUCCUCAGGACCAUCCACUCGAGGGGGCUCUGGGGGUUGCCAGGAGCAUCCUGGGAAAAAUUGCUUCGAUCAAGGGAGGAAUUCCCAAAGCCAGGAGCCCCCAAACCUGGGCAGCCCAGGGUAUCCGUGGGGUGCUGGCGCAUCCCUCCUUCCUCAGCUCCGUGCUGUCUGAGCAGAGAGAGAGAGGCAGGAGGAAGGCUGGCGGGAGAUGGCAGGACCCGGACGAGAUCCUGAGGACGCUCCCAGCCUCUGUUGCCAUGGCAAUGCUGCUAUUUUUAUCUCGUUGUUCAUGAUGCUCAGAGCUCUGCCUUUUUCUGUUCCAGGGAGGCCAGGCCGGCCCCUGCCCUCAUCCUUCAAGGCCUGAGAAGGAAAGUCUUGGAGGACAGGGGGGCCUAGGAGGUCCCCCCAGCCAGGGGGCUGUUUCACAACAGUUUGUGCUUGGCUGGCUCAGGGGCUCCAUCUCCUACUUGCAUGGAGGCAGAGAUGCCCCCUGAGCACCCUCCUGAGGAGGCAUGGAGGGGUUCACCUCCUGCUGAGAUGGCGGCUGCACCGUCACAGGCUGUUCUGGGGAGGGCGUCCCAACGGUGUAGAUCAACCCCGAGUCUCGAGAGAGGGGCUGGAGAGCCAAGUUUGGCGAAGGAGCGAUCAGGUACCCAGAACCUUCUGGGGAGCCUGGGCGCCUGGCAUCCCUCCCCUGCCCCCUGCUCGCCUCAGGUACAGGGCAGACGGGUCCACACUCAGGUCCAGAUGAGCCACUCGACCGGCCAGUAGGGAGCAGAGCCGGCCUUCCCUGCAGCCCCCGGGACUUUGGCUCUCGAACCCCAUGGUGCUCUUGGAGGCAGUUGAAAGAAGACCACCCUUCUCUCCUUCCUCACCCAGCCCCUCCCUGCGCCUCUCCCUCGUCCCUACUUUCAUGCCAGUGGCCCCAGGUGUCAAUCGUGCUCGCCCCCACCUGCAUGCCGGAUGUGGGUCAGUGAGAUUUGAGCCAGCCAGUCAGGGCCACAAGAUGAGGGGAGCAGAGCAUUUCAUUCACUCCCCCCCCAACACCACCCCUGCACCCUGAGAUGGGUCAGGAAAGAACCUUUGGCUCCUGCCUUGAGGCUCCCCCUGCCUAACGGACUCCUGGAACGUGAGGUUUUUCCUCGGGGACUGGGACCUCUUUACUAAGCUUCUAAUUGGUUUCAUUUGGGCUCAAGUUGCACGUUUCGCUGAGUCUGUGCACCUGGAGUAAGCACUUUUCAGACUGCCUCUGCAAAGCAUG